AUGCCAGUUGAAUUUGAAUUGAAGAGCUUAGAUGGUGAAGUCACACAUAACGUCAGUGCAUUUAUGACAGAGAAAAUGACUGAAGACAUGGAAGUGAUUGAUUGGAAUGAGUAUGCUGGAAGAUGGGAUCAUUUAAAAAAAAUAGAAUUUCCAAAGAUUGGUCAGAAAUCUACGGUAGACCUGUUAAUAGGCGUAGAUCAUGCAGAUCUUCUCUAUUCAAGACAAGAGAUUCGAGGUGACGAAGGCGAACCUAUUGCAAGACUUACUCCGCUGGGAAGGACAUGUAUCGAGCGACCAGCCAGAAUCACCACACCUAAUCACACUAACUUUAAUCGCACCUAUUUUACCCAAAGUCAAUCGAAGUCAACAGAUGUCGACAACAUUCUACGACAAUUUUGGGAAAUUGAAGAAACAUCUUCCCGCGAUUAUGGUACAAUGAAUGCCGAAGACCAUCUCGCUGUUAACAAAGUAAAGAAUUCGAUGAAAUAUCAAGAUGGUCGAUACCAAGUGGCGAUUCCAUGGAAAGAAGAUCCUUCAAAUUUACCAGAAAAUUACGACAUGGCGUUAAAACGAUUAAAAAACACAGGAAAACGACUGGCUAAAGAUCCUGAGUUGAGCAGAGCCUAUUCCAACGUUAUCCUACAAUAUCUUGCAAAAAAGUACAUUCGAAAGGAACAAAAAGAAGAACCAAGAUCAUCUUGUGUAUGAUAUCUACCUCAUUUCCCAGUAUUGCGUCCUGAUAAGCCUACGACGAAAACAAGAAUAGUGUUCGAUGCGUCAGCAAAAUCCCGAGAAGUUUCGCUGAAUGAUGUGAUGCUUCAAGGUCCGAAGUUAGAACAGGAUCUGAACAACGUACUUCUUCGUUUUCGAAGACAUCCAGUAGCCAUCGUAUGUGAUUUAUCUGAAAUGUAUUUACGAGUGGAGAUAGCACCGGAAGACAGAAACUACCACCGAUUCCUUUGGCGUUCCAUGGAUCAGUCCAAAGAACCAGAAGAAUACGAAUUCAGCCGUGUUGUCUUUGGAACAAGUUCAUCUCCUUUUCUCGCUCAAUUCGUCCUUCAACAACAUGCCCUAAAGAACAAAGAUUCCUACCAAUUAGCGGCCAAUACUGUUGAAAAUGCAACGUAUAAGGACGACAGCAUGGACUCUGCAGUUGAUGAUAAUCAAGCAAUCAAACUUUACCGACAACUGAAAGAGUUAUACGAGAAAGCCGAUAUGCAUCCUCACAAGUGGUUAUCGAAUUCAAGAGCUGUCCUAGAACAGAUUCCACCCCAAGAAAGAGCUUCAGCAGUGCAUCUCGACGAUGGGCAACUACCUUCUAUUAAAACCCUUGGUCUACAGUGAGUGGCAGAGGACGAUGUGUUUACAUUUACGGGUCAUCCUCCAUAAGAAUUGGGCUGACAAAAAGAACUUUCCUUAAAAAGAUUGCAUCUCUGUUUGAUCCUGUCGGGUUUCUUGCCCCAUUUGUCAUUCAAGCUAAACUUCUCAUGCAACAACUGUGCAUUAGUGGGUUAGGAUGGGACGAACAGCUUGAUGAGGCGUUACAAGAAAGAGCAAUGAUGUGGUUUCAACAACUCGAACAGUUAACUACAAUCAGAAUUCCACGCUGUUUGUGUCUAUCAACAGAUACCGUGAUUUCGUCAUCAUUACAUACGUUUGUCGACGCCUCCGAAAAAGCUUAUGGUGCAGUUGUAUAUCUCCGAAGCCAUUACGAGAGUGGGGUGACGUCAAUUCGCCUGAUUUCCGCGAAGUCUAAAGUGGCACCAUUAAAAGCAAUAAGCAUUCCUCGUCUGGAAUUAAUGAGCGCAGUUGUCGGGUUGAGAUUAACCAUUCCCCUCGCUAACCUGUUAGAAAUUGAUGUAUGUGAAGUAACGUAUUGGUGUGAUAGUAUGAAUGUACUCGGGUGGAUUCGAAACCAAAGCCGAAAAUUCAAACUAUUCGUGUCUAAUCGUGUCGUAGAACUUCAAAGCCGUAGCAAUCCACAGCAGUGGCGCCAUGUUCCAUCCUGGAAAAACCCUGCGGAUUUGAUCUCAAGAGGAAUACAUAUCUCCGAGUUAAGGAGAUCAGAGAUGUGGUGGAAUGGUCCAAGAUUCCUGGAAGAAAAUGAAGAAAAUUGGCCAUCGAUUCAAUUUAAGAAUGAGAAAUACGAAAGUCUAGAAAUGAAGAAAACGAAGUUUUGUAAAGAUCGUAGUGGGUUAACCGAGAUCAAAACGAGUCCACAGAAAUCGGACAGCACGUUAGUAACCGUAAGGAAAGCUGAACCUGUAACAUCGCCAUUAGACCCGACACGUUUCUCCAGUUGGUUACGUCUAAAAAGAGUUCGAGCUUGGAUUAAUCGUUUCAUGAAUAAUUGUAAGCAACCAAGAGAUAAACAGACUAAUGGAGAAUUAACAUCCGAAGAAAUUAACGAUUCCCAAAAUUAA